AUGGAUUAUAUGCAUCUAGGUGUGCGGUCUAGAAAGACCGGCCUCAACGCUAAGGAGAAUAUUAAAAAAGAUGAAUAUAGUAUGGAGAGCAUCGAUGAUUUCUUCAAGGAUGAUGAAUCUAGUGUGGUUAGUUCACGUGGUAGGAACCGAAGAUCUACAAUACUGUCUUUAAUGUCAAAUACCGAAGGACCAGUUUUUGAGAGCCGACGUGAUUCUCUGACAACAGAAACAAAAGGAUUUAAAGUACCAAAUGCUGUGGUAAAUUCAUCGAGACGAUCCACUAGGCUCCCGCAACAAUAUCAAAAUGAUUUCACCCCACCUGCGAAUGAUGGUUUGGGUACGAUCAGCGAGAACGAGCUCCAGUACGAUGACUUUACUGGUGAUGCAGGUCACAGAACGCCCUCGCCCGCCCCCCUUUCCUACACCGAGGGUCUUGAUUCAUUGCAUGAUAGUCCUUCUGUUAGGUUAACACCUCGCUCGAAAAGCAAUAUAGUUUACAAGCAAGUUCCAGACCUGAUUGAAGAUGAUGAAGAUACCAGAGAUUUUACAUCGUUAAACACAUCGGAAAAUGCAUUGCUCGAAGACGAACUAGAAGAUGACUAUAUGGUAGAAAGCGAAGAAGAUCACGACUAUGUGGAUGGAGCUUCAUCCCUGGAGGAUGAGCAAACUGAUGAUUCAGCUGGAUCUGGAGACAGUGAUGACAUUGGAGCAAGUGAUGGGGAUAGCGAUAGCGCUGAUGGAGGAGAAACAGCAGUAUCUCGUCACCGGGCGGGGUAUCAUUUAGGUCAUGAUUCACCAACAGAAGUAUACGAUUCGGAUGAGGAGUAUAUCCAAAGUCAGGCAGCAAACUUGAUUGGAAACGAUGCUAGUCGCCAUCCUGAUGGCAUUAGACGGUCUACGAGGGUAAAGAUAGCUCCAUUAGAGUAUUGGAGAAAUGAGAAAGUAGUGUACAAGAAAAAGUCCGACAAACCAGUUCUGGAGAUUGACCGAAUUAUAACUUACGAUCACAAUGAUGACGAUGACGAAGAGGAAGAAGAGGGUCUAAAGCGCCGCAAAAAGCGUAACAAGUCCACUGUUCGAACAAGGCCAUAUAAUUAUAUCCCCACUGGGAAGCCUAGAGGUCGCCCAAGGAAAUCUAAAGCAUCAAUAAUCGACGAUGCUAACCCUAAUUCAGAUCUUUUACAAGAAAUUAAAUCUGGGAAUGUACCCAACGCGGAAUGGCUCAAAUUCGGUAUCUUAGAAGCUAAAGUGAAUGUCACCAAAGAGCAUAUGUCGGAUGAGAUCAUCGCAUUCGCACCAAACCUAGCACAGUCCGAACAGACCAAAGAAUCAGACGAAGAGUCAUUCUCGCUGGAGAUUAUGUUCGAUAAGCAUAAGAACCAGUUUGCGAGCGGCAUGCUUAAGUUGCCCACCAAAGGCAACAAGAAGUUGAGCGAUUCGUACAAUGCUUUCAUUAAUUUUUACGUGAUUCAAGGUGUCAUUGAGGUAACAUUAACUGGCAAAUCGUUCAUAAUAACAGAGGGAUCCACUUUUCAGGUACCUGCAUUUAACAAAUAUUCCUUCGAGAAUAGAGGAAAUAAUGAUGCCAAAAUGUUUUUUGUACAGGUGACAGUCUCCAACGAGAGCCUUGAGCAUAAAAUGGUUGACGGCAGCAUAGAGAUGACCGAUGAUGAUAAAUCCAGGAAAGAUGACGUCUCUGACGCGACAAAUAGCGCGGCAGAUAAUGCCUUGUUUGAGAAUACAUCAUCGAGUAACAUGAGCAUUUCAGAGAUUUAA